GGGUUGUGCAAAUAUGCUGACCAAUGAGCUCCUUGGACAACCACUACCUGGUCAAAGCUCAUCAACCUCGAUCAAAUGCGGAGAAUUGGAGACGCGCCAACCGACCCCGGCCUCUUCGUCCUGGUUCCUGAACAAGUUGCCUCCGUAACCGUAAAAGAGAUGCGCCCAGGGUAUUGAGCCGACUGGCUCCAUCACCCUUAUCAGUUUAUCGUCUAUUCAAGCUGAUCCGUUGGACAAACAAUAGGAGACAACCAUGCGCGCAACACAGUCCCUUCCGUUCAAGAGCUUUUGGAGCCGGAGUCUUGACGAGCUCUCGCGGUUGACCAACAUCGUUGUCAAAUCGGAGAACAUUAGAGGCGCCACGGGGCCACGAGAGAUCCACAACUUCCAGACGCCCGAGUCAGUCGCAGACUGCAAGCUCCUCUCCGACGCCGACGUGGGCGGCUCCUCGACCGCCCAUCUCGACUGGGUUCCCCCGCCCAACGCCAUCCCCACUGUCACCGCCGGCGACGGUAGCGACCGAAAACCGUACACCCCGAUCCCCGGCAGCUAUGCGCGCUUCCACGGCACUAUCUCGUUAGAGCUGCCCACGGACCGGCGGGAAAUUUCGCGGACAGGCUACGCCGGCUUUCGGACGCUGGACCGGCCGCCCACCAUUUUUGGCCGCGGCCUGUGGGACAUUGAUCCGUAUGCCUACCUCGCGAUGCGCGUCAAGACGGACGCGCGCAGUUACUUUGUCAACGUUCGGACCGAGUCGGUGGUGCCGCUCGACCUGCACCAGCAUCGACUGUUCGUGAAGAAGCCCGGUCAGUGGGAGACGGUGUUGAUUAAGUGGAACGAUUUUGUGCGGACCAACCACGGUAAGGUCAUCGAGCCACAGACGGGAAUGCUGCGCCAAAAAGUUCUGUCGAUCGGGUUCUCGACUACGGACAGGAAGCCGGGGCCAUACGAGCUCUGUGUUGAAAGGCUAUGGGCGACCAAUGAUUCUGAUGAGGCUGGGGUUGUGGAAACUGAUGUUGCGGGAGCUCAGCUUAAGAAUAAGCAUGGUGAGAAGGUCAAGGUUACGUGGGGAGCUUUGGAGCAGGAAUGAUAGAGGGGUUGUAUGUCUGUUCGUCAGUAGCGAGGUGGACUUGCGCUGUUAGCUACAAGAGGACUGGAGGCUGUACAUUGUACUGUACGAUUCUUGAUCAACUGAGGAGGGAGGUUUAUCACAACAGAACCGCGGUAUUCAGGGGUCUGAGAAGGACAACGCGGGUAGAUCGACAGAUGGAAGAAAAAAAGGGCUAUGUUUUGUCCUACAGGCGCCUUAGCUGGCCGUGGUACAGUCUGAAUUUGUAAUUUUUCAUGACAGACUGGACUAUAGGAUACAACGAAACAUGCUACUGGUGCCGAGUUCAUGUCCGAGGAGCCAGACUCUGCAGUAGAGUGAAGACCAAGAGACUUGAGAAUAAGAAAAUAGGGUUGUGUUCGA